AACACUGAAACUUACAAUUUACAUAUGCCUGUUAAUAUAGUUCACAUAAUACUCCAUUUGUAUCAUAUAUUUAUUGUAUUUAUAUAAAAAUUUAUAUAAUAUAAUAUAUAAUUGAUACACAUAAAGAGUAGUAACUGUAAAGGCAUUGUAUGGACUGGAUACAAUAUCUUGCGACAACAACUUGUGUUUGCGCAAAGUAAAAAAGGUAAUAUGAGGAUGACUCAGAUUUAAAUCGGAAUUUAGCCCGAUAAAUAAAAUCCAGUUCACAUUUAAAAUAUUCUGAUAUUUUAUUACGAUAGUAGCAAAGAAUUAUUCCUUGUCUUAAAUAAUGAAACCGAUACAUCUUUAGUUGUCUAUUUUUUGAGAUUGCAGAAAUUAUUUAAGAAUUGCUUAAUAAUAUGCUUUACAUUGAUGUUUUUUAUUAAACUAUAGAUAAAUUUGUCUCAUUAAAUUAUUUAUAAAUUAUAAAUUAUUUCGGAACGAUCUGCCGUAUAAUAUUAAAUAUUCUGAAUUGAUAUUGAUAUUAGAAAAUGCACAUGCAUCCACAAGUAAUAUCUGCCUCUUUUUCAAUUGACCUCGUUCGAACAGUUGUAGUUCUUGUGUCCGAUUAUUGUACCAUGAAGGCGUAGAUUUUCUUAUCCACGUUUCACAUCGAGCGUUAAACUUAGUUGCUAAUGUUAUUACUAAUAGCAUUCUAGAUUUGUGUGUAUAGCCUUUGCGUCAGAUAAACGAAUGACCAAUUGGACACCGUGCAGCUAUAAAUACGAGAGUUCUGUGUACGGGUAUUUAACUUGAAACGCGAAAAGGCACGUGUCACCUUAAAGAAUCAAAAGAAACAUGGGAGAUAGAAGGGGAGCGCGAUAAAAAGGCGGUUCGUCACCUUUAUCGUGUAGGUUUUGCAAUUUUCAGUCACGUAACAUACACAACUCUUUUUUCCGAGCGUCGCAUUUAUCGUUACUUGCAUAUACGUCCAGCAAGCGUACGGUACGGAUUGGAUCGGAUUAGGGAUAGUCGCGAAUCGAUCUCUAACAUUGAGUUAUUACGGAACAGAGUGAAGCCCGUGAUCGUUAUAGGCAACGACAGCUCUACUUGUCUCCCACGUUAGUGCGACACGGCCGUAUGAUUGACACGGAACUGCUUACGGCGAGAAUAAAAAGAAACAAAAGUGCCGAAAAUGGCGAACUCCAUGUGGAACUGAUAGCCGUGCUCUUAUCCAAGAUAAACCAAAAAUAUCGGUUAACGCAACGCGUCAUAAUCUGAUCAAUGAGAAAACUAGGAGUGGUACGCUGAUAACAGUCAGUUGAGGCUUAAGACGCAUUGAAAUAUCAUAGAAAGUGUGAUGCAAUAAUUUGCAAUAAUUAUGUGAAACAAUAAUGCAAUAAUUUGCCUGAAGGAAUGCAUGUCCUCCAGAGAAAAUAUGUUCAGUUUCAACGACGAGUUGAUUAUGAUUUUUAAUACGGUGGUGCCAGUUGUUAAUGAGGCGGAAGCGUAUAAUACGAUUACGAUCAAGAACGUAAUUUAAAAAUAUUAGUGUUUUAUUGCCUCGUGAUGAAAAUUUCAACAGUUAAGAAACAUUAUGGACUGUGUUCGAAGAAACAAAUAAGUCGAUCCUAAAAAUAGAAAAGAGAAGAAACAAAGUGCCUCAUUAAGAAGGAUAACAUACAUCGUCUUUUGUUAAAGAGAUGAUAAUAAAUAUUAAUUCGUGAUGAAUUAUACAUAGGCAUUAUAUAAUAAAUGACAUUUAAUUAAACGAAGAGACUAACGAAUUUUAAGACGAAAAGUGAAGCAACGAGUGACGGUUCAGUCUUCAAUCUUCCAAGAUGUUGCAUUCGUCGACGUUUAUCAGCAAAAUUAGUGUGGCAGUUCUGCUGUUACUCUUACUAUAUUUUGUCGCGAUGGAUUGUCUGCUCUACUUCAGAAUACAGAAUUACGACGUGCGUUCGCCAGCGAACAAAACGCCGAGUUCACCGUAUCAUUCGCCGAUCUCCUGCGACGUAAAUCCGAUCUGUACGGUGACGGUGAAGGCUAUGAUGCUGGAUCAUCCCAAUCAGUUCAUCCUGAAUCCCCUGGCAGCCCUAGUAGAUCGUCUAUUAGGCAUCAGCCAUUCCUGGACGUGGGUGACACCGAACGCCAUCAGUAUCAGCCAUGUGUUCGUGGCUCUGAUCGGCGCUCGAUAUAUCACGCGAAAAUCUCUCUCUGACAGACGGCUGGGCGUCGUUCUGUUUCAAGUUAGGACCUGGAUGGACGAUCUGGACGGUCACGUGGCGAGGACCAGGCUCAAUGUUAAGGGUGAGAGGUCGGAUUUCGGCUCUAUUGGUUACUUCGUAGACGGCAUCUGCGACGGCCUUGGUUGCAUCGCUCUGUUGGUCGCAGUGUUCAUCUUUCUAAACCGCAAGGUUAAUCGUCGCUCUAGUUAUGAGCGGCUGCCUACUCAUGCUUCAUCGUCGUCGAUUCAGAGCACCACCUCUGCCGCCCCAUUCUGGAAAUCGCCACUGUGGAGCGUGCUCGUGAUGGGACUUCAUUUUUCCCUGACGAGUUUCGGGUGGAACCGAUACAUAUCCAUGUACCAGGAUCUCCUGGAAGUCGACAGAAGUACCCUGCCGAUCAGUUGUGAGGAUCUCUACGACAGACAGACCGUCGUCUUCAGGAGUUUAUCUUUCUGGGUCAUCACUCUUGCCUGGAAGAGCUUCAACUUUCACGCGAUAAUGGAUUACAUGCUGCUAGCAAUAUUUCUGGAUCAUAUUUGGGCGUACGUUAAGCUUGCAUGGUGGCAAUUACCUGCUAUCCUACUGCUGCUUAUCGUCGUCAGUGAAUAUCAUUACACUAACGUUUAUACCUAUGUGGAGAUGUCAUCGGUGAAGGACAAUGCGGUUUCUUUCUUCAUUUCUUAAUGCAUGUCUGUUUUUUGUUAUUGUGAGUUGCAUUCGUACUCUCAAUCGUUUAUGUUUUAUUUUACCAUUAAUGUUAUAUUAUUAGAUAUACAAUAAAAAUUUAUUAUUUAUGAGUGUGCUAUACUAGUACAUGCGUAUAUUUUAAAUAUUUAUGUGAUUGAUGUACAUUAUAUUAUUAUACAAUUUCUUAAAAGAUAUAUUUGUAAACGAUAUUAUCGAAAUUUAAACAUAUGAUUUUGCUUUAUUUAAAGGCGUGAUGUAGAAAAGGUUUUGAGCGGAAGAGCGCGGAGAGAUACGGAGUGCAAUGUUUGAACUGGUUUUUCUUUAUCGUAAUGGCAUAACUUGCAUUUUAUCUACAUGGAAAUAGGUCAACUAUUGACUGCGCUUAAAAAUUUUUAUCUAGUCCAGUGUUAGAAGCGUUGACAGCAGUACGGAUCUAACAAACUUGUUACGUGUACGAAAGGAAAAACCUGUAUCAUUGAAUAAUAAGAAGUCAGUGUUGAUAAUUGCGUCUGAUUCACGUUUAGUAAAGUUUCUCUGUUGAAUUAUAUAAUGAGCUAUGAAUUGAAUUUCAUAAUGAGUUGUGAAUUUUAUAAAUUGUAAAUUGCCGUAUAUUAUAAAGUGAGACUAUAGCAAAAUAUAUUUUUUCAUAAAUGAAUGAUCUCUGGAAAACAUGUCCUCCUGUCUCUUAAUCAUUCGAAAAUAUAUCCUUCUUCCAUAUUGCACAGUAUGAUUUUAUAGAAUUGAUUUUAUAGAAUGAGAAAGAAAAAAAAAAGACAGAGAAUAAAUGAAAACAAAUGAAUUUGUAUUUAUAAUGUAUACACUACAAUAAUAGUGAUUUGUAUGUGCUCGUGAAUAUACAUUUGUUAGUAGAUAAUGUCUGUUAAUAUUCAUCUGUCUGUUAAUAAAUUAAUAUUCAUUUACUUAUAAUAAACGCAUAUUAUGUUUCGAACGUUAAAGUUUAGACUUUGAUGCAAAUAACAUAAAAGCAAACUAAAAA